UAUGACUUAAAAUUUAUAACUUUCUCUUACUAUACAAAAAUUCAACUGAGCAUUGCAAGAAAACACCCAUUUUGAUGUCACAAAUCUAGUCUCAUGUAGAAUUUCUUCUUGCUAUUUCUGUAAUACAACGUCUUAUGUAUUUGACCUUGGGUUUGCGGGCUAUUCGUCUGAAUUUCGAACCGGGCGGGUUAUGAAUUUCUUGAGUAUUCCUUUAAAGAAGUCGGCUGCUGUUGAUUUAUCCAGUAAUUUUCAACAGUUGAUCGCCCUGCAAUAUGGUGCCCCAACCGCAAAUGCGUGCCUUGAUUCACUCGGUGAGUUAUCGUCAAUGCGAACUGUCGCAUGUGUCAAAGGAGAUAACUACAACCCGACAGUCGAAGCAAUCGCAGCGUAUCAUGAUGCAAUGUAUCAGUUAGAAGGACGUCUAACUGUGAAUAUUGCUUCACGAAUUGAUUUUAAGUGGAGCGAUAUUUCUGGAAAAUCUAACAAAAAGGAAAGCUCUCUUAAAUUUGAACGUUCAAAUGUCUUGUUUUGCUAUGGUGCUGCUCACAGUCAACUUGGUGAAUCGUGCCGUCCCAAUUGUGAAAAUUCACUCCAACAAGCUUUGAAAUCUUUCAAGAUUGCUUCCUGCACAUUUGAUUACAUAUCUUCAGAUUUGAUGUCUGGGGUUAAAGAUCCUCUACCAGAUUUAACUUCAUCAGCACUAACACUGUUCAGUAAUCUUAUGCUUGCUCAAGCAUAUGAAUGUGUUCUCUCGAAAGCUGAAAAAGAUAAGAAAAAGCCUGCCAUUUUAGCAAGAAUAGCAUCAACCUUGACUGGUCUUUACGAAGACUGUCUGUCAGAUUGUUCAGGUGGAGCUAAAAAUGUUGUUCCAAAAGAUUGGUCUGGUGUAUUAAGCAUGAAAAAAGGUUUAUAUGAAGCUCUGACACAAUAUCAUCAAUCUAAAGCUUGUUGCGAUGCCAAACAGUACGGGGAACAAGUAGCUCGCAUAUCAUUUGCUUAUGAGCUAAUCAAAUGUGUUGCUCGAAGUAGUUGUUUUCAGAGAAAGAAUUUAGUGGAACAAUUUAAACAAGAAGAAUCAGUUGCAAUAAAAGACAAUGACCAUAUAUAUCACGAAAAGGUACCCGCCAGAGGAAGUCUUGCUCCUGUCGAAAUUGUUGAUGUCAUUAAAAAAACCCCACUCACGUUCCCUUUGUCCUCAUCGACUACCAAAGAUUAUUUCGAAAAUCUACUUCCUGUCGCUGUUACAGAAGCUGUUAACACUGCUAAAGGUGUUCGUGCAUCUCUUAUCGACAACGAAAUUUGCACGCUACGAGGAGCAUCCACUAAAGUGAAUGAAGUGUUAGCUUCAUACAAUUUCCCGGCAGCAUUACUUGCUAAGGGAUCAAACUCAAUUACGGAUAAUAUUUUAUCCAAAGCUACUUCUAUACGUCGAGAUGGUGGGGCAGAAAAAUUGUAUCAGCAACUAACGUCGAUACCUGAAUGCGUUCAACGUAAUAAAGAAAUUAUUGAGGCUGAGAAAAGUUCACUAGAUGAUGAAGAGAAUUCUGAUAAUAGUUUACGAAAACAAUAUGGUGAACGUUGGUCACGGAAACCAUCAAGUGAAUUGAACAAAUUAUGGCGUUCUGAUAUACAAAAAUGUUUGAAUUUACUUGAACAAACUACGAAAACUGAUGCAUCUCUUUUAGAACGAUAUGAAAAGCAUAAAGAACAUUUUGAAAUAUUAAGUAAACCAGAAGAUGAACUUGAAACGCUUAUUGGAUCAGAUGCAAAAUUUGCCGAAUCUAAUACUGAAGCCAAUAAUGAAGAACUAAAAUCUGAACUAACUCAGUUAUGCAACAAACUAGAAUUAAUUAAGACGGAAAGAAAUGAUCUAAUAGAACAGUUGAAAUUAGUUGAUUAUUCACCGGAUCUAGUUAAAAAGCUAUUGACGUACUAUAGAGAACAUAAUGAAACAGUUGAUUUACAAAUUGCUACUGAUAUGCUUGAUGAAAAAAUGGUGUCUGUGCGUGAACUUAUUCAAGAAAAUCUAAAUAAACAAGAAAGUUUAUUAACUGACUUACAAACAAAAGCUGAUAUGUUUUACGGUGGGUCCGAUGGUAAUUCAAAAGACAAAGGACUAUUGACAAUGCUUAAUCUGGCUGCAGAUGAGUAUUCUGCACUUAAAGAAGCUGUUAGUGAUGCCACGAAAUUUUACGCUGAGCUUACUGAGAUUUGUGUGAAUACCCAGUGUAAGAUUGAAGAUUUCUGCGCUGCACGUACUACUGAGAAAAAUGAAUUAAUGUCUGAUAUUACAACAAAUAUUAGCCGGGUUCGUGUUGCAGACCAACAAGUCUUUCCGAAACCAUCUGUCCCUACUCGACCUGAACCAUCUUAUGCUAACCGUGUCAACCCUGUUCCUCCCGCUCAACCUCAAGUUCCAAUGCCAACACCAACAAUUCCAAUGAUGAAUAGUACCACAUAUCCGAUGCCUCCACAAGCAUGGAAUCCUCAAGGCUAUUCUACCAUUUACCGUAACAACUGAUAUCAGGCUGUUGCCAUAGCUAAUAUUUUAAGAUAUAUCUUAUACUUUAACCACUAAAUAUCAUAAAGCUUAGUUCCUUCUGUCACAGUAGUGACCAUAAAUGAGAUUCACACUUCCCUGAAUCCUACCCCUCAAGAUUAAAAGACUGAUGAGUAUAUAGAUCUUUGUUCCCUCUAAUGUUAUGGUAGACUGUGACUAGUUAAUCAUAGAUUAGUUAGGUUUGGCCUUGAGAAUUGGCUAUUACAUCUACAUUCUUCUAGGAGGAGGUGGGUAGAUGAAUUUAAGUUAUGCACGUAGUAUAGAAUUUUCAGUGACUGGUCAAAAAUCUAUUUUAAGCUAUUCUGUAUAGAUUUUUGUCUAAUAGAACAUUUGGAAAUUUAAUUACAUAAUGCUGUAACUAUGUCCGUGUUCAUUUCAUUGUUUACUGAUAUUAGCUGUGAGUGAAAUAGAAGUAUAAACAGUUGAAUACAGUGCAUUGUGGUUUUUCUAUUAUUCAAUGUUUAAUUAAUGCCUUUUUUCUUUAAAGUCAUAAUAUACCUGCAAUUGUAGUUAUCUGCUUAGUGAAUAAAUUCAUGUAUACAUGAUCCAUUAUUUAAUUUUGUUUCUAGAUCCUGUGAUGCCUCAACCUUCACCAUAUGGAAUGGCUCCUUAUCCAACAAUGUAUCCAUUCUAUGGCGCUUAUCCUACAAUGCCAAUGCCUCCAAAUGCAGCGUUUUCUCCCCCUAACAUGAUGCUUCCUGCUCAUUCAAUGGGUGGUAAUGGUGCUUUUCCUAGUAAUGGUGGAGGCAAUAUUGACGCACAAGCUCCCCUUGCUGGUGGUGGUCUUCAGGGACAAUAUCUACCUGGACAACCUUCUGCACAGCCUUAAAAAGAUUUCUCUAUGAACAUUUGAUUUUUGUUAUAUUCUCGAUAUCUUUGUUUAAGAAAUGCUUCUUGUCUGUGUUUUUGUACUACACAAAACGUGUAUUUAUUAUAAGUAUCCCAUUUAUUGAUUUACUUUUCGACAAUCUUUAAAAUAAAAAAUGACUUUAAUAAUCUAAAAUACUUUUAUGUUUCUUUCUCAUAUUCGUCCUCUUCUAUAAAUAAAAAGCUAAAAAGUGACUUUCGACUGCUUGUAUUUUUUGACUUUUUUAUGAAGGUCAUGAUGAACAAGUGUUUUAUGUAAGCAAUAAUCGAUUUUUUUCACGAAUAGAGACAUACACCUAAUUUAGCAUUAUGAUUGCGAAUUCAAUGUAUAUGCAAAUUAAAAAUAAAACUUUUGCUAUUCAAUCAGUAGUCCAAUAUUUUGGAACUGAGAUAGUCAUUUCUCUGUGUGGAAAUUCCAACUAUAAGACUAAAAUAAAUUAGCUCUCUAAGCAUGGAACGAAAUCGAUCCAGGCACUGAUUAUUUUUGAAGCCUAAAUGACACUGAAUGUACAAAUAUAUAUGUUUAGUUAAUAAAAUGUUGUUUUUUGAUUCAUUCUUUUAUGCUAUCAUUUUUACUUCACCUCACUUGCGUCCUCUACCAUUAAUGUAGGAGGAUAGGUCGCCGACCAUGAUUCUCCAAACAACUCUGUCUUCUGCUCUCCUUUCCGACUUGCUAUUCAUCCUUUUGAUAUCUGCUUAAAAUUCCAUGCAAAAUAUGUUCCUUCGUCUUCAACUUUUCCUUUCCCCUUCAGGAUUACGAG